AUGGCUGAGAGGUAUGCCAUCUCCAAGGAGCUGGCAAUCGAGGGAGCCGCUGUGCCAGAACUUGUGAAACUGAAGCAAGAUAGAGACAAAAAGUUGGCCGAGGAGAAGAAGAACGCCCUUGCAGAGAAGCAAAAGGCAAGAGAGGAGGAGCGUGCCAAGCUCAAGGAGCGUACCGCUGCCUAUGAGAAGGAGUACGCAGAAGGUGCUGCAGAGCUGGUGAAGCUGAGAAGAGAAGCGAAGGUGAACGGAAACUUCUUUGUGGAACCUGAGGCAAAGCUCAUCUUCGUGGUGCGCAUUGCAGGUAUCAUGAAGAUGAGCCCCAAGCCAAGGAAGGUUCUGCAGCUGCUGCGGCUAAAGCAGCUCCACAAUGGCGUGUUUCUCAAGGUCAACAAGCCAAUCUUGAACAUGCUGAAGCUUGUGCAGCCUUAUGUCACCUAUGGCUAUCCCUCCUUGAAGACAGUGAGGGAGUUGAUCUACAAGCGUGGCUUUGGCAAGGUCAGCAAGCAGCGAAUUCCGCUGUCGUCCAACGAUAUCAUCUCCGACGCUCUCGGAAAGCACGGAAUCCACGGCAUGGAAGAUAUCAUCCAUGAGAUCUACACCGUUGGGCCCAACUUCAAGCAGGACACGGUCGUUGAAGGGGCUGCUGUGCCCGAGCUUGUCAAGCUGAAGCAGGAAAGAGACGCGAAGCUGGCCGAGGAGAAGAAGAAAGCUCUGGAAGAGAAGCAGAAGACCAGAGAGGAAGAGCGAGCAAAGCUCAAGGAGCGUACAGCUGCCUAUGAGAAGGAGUAUGCUGACACAGCCGCAGAGCUUGUGAAGCUCCGGCGAGAAGCCAAGCUGAAUGGGAACUUCUUCGUGGAGCCUGAGGCAAAACUGAUCUUCGUGGUGCGCAUCGCGGGUAUCAUGAAGAUGAGCCCCAAGCCCAGGAAGGUGCUGCAACUUCUGCGGCUGAAGCAGCUGCACAAUGGAGUCUUUCUGAAGGUCAACAAGCCGAUCUUGAACAUGCUGAAACUUGUGCAGCCUUAUGUCACCUAUGGCUAUCCCUCCUUGAAGACAGUGAGGGAGUUGAUCUACAAGCGUGGCUUUGGCAAGGUGAGCAAGCAGCGCAUUCCACUGUCCUCCAACGACAUCAUCUCUGAGAACUUGGGCAAGCACGGCAUUCAUGGAAUGGAGGAUAUCAUCCAUGAAAUCUAUACCGUUGGCCCCAGCUUCAAGCAGGUCUCCAACUUCUUGUGGCCAUUCAAGCUCUCCUCCCCCAAGGGUGGCUUCAUCAACAAGCGUCAUGGCUUCUGUGAAGCUCGUGGGGGUGACUGGGGCAACCGCGAGGACCUGAUCAACGACCUCUUGAGACGGAUGAACUGA